CUCGAUCGAGGGAAAACAAGCAUUCAGACGAGUCAGCGUCGCCUCAGUGGCAUGUCCCUAGGGCAGCCUCUACCGGUGUGGAUCAGUGUCUCCACGAAGGAAGCCCUGACUCGCUUAACAUAUCCCUACGUGCUGCAAGUGAGAGCAAGAUAUCAGAUAAGGCAUGCAGACUGGUGCCUGCUGGUGCCUCCCUGGUGCCUGGCGCAGACCAAGCGAGGUCAACAGUCAGCGUGCACAUAUAUCAUCGAUCGACGGGUCGAAUCCUUCAAGCCAAACUUUUGCCCGGUCCCCUGGGGCAAUUUGACCUGGGAACUACCACCUGAGCAGGCUGGACGGGAGAGGGCAAGUCUCACUCUAGACAAUGCUAUGUCGCCAUCCCGACCAUCAAAACUACCUCAAAUUCCCUCAACGACCAAUGCAAGAAACCAGUUGUCAGCUUACAGACCAAACCAAGGGAUGGGGAGAUAUCUGUCAGCGGUUCUUUCUAUCCGAGUCCUGAUAGUUCCACAGCACGCAUCACCAUCUAGCAUGCACCUCCAGACAGCUCUCUUUGACGAAGGACUGUCGGCUCUGUCUACAGCGUAUAGCAGCGUUUCGAACAACCAAAGGCCAUCCCACAAUUCUUACCUCAUACGCAAUCUGACCGUACAGUGCUUGAAAUGAACUGGGCCGGCACAACGUGUUGGUGAUGGUCCGGCACUCUACGAAAAUGGCAGCCUUCCAGGCCAGAUCUGAGGGCUUGCUAGGUGGUAAGCAUUUGACAUGAUAAUUCUUGCAAUACAAACAUGGCUUCUAUUCUUGAUCAGGAGUGGUCUGAUGAACCACAGUCACUUUUUCUCUGCACGAUUAUGGUCGAGAAGCAGCGCUCCCAACUUUAUCAGAGAAAAUAUAUCUUGGGGCAUAAUUUUGCAAGGGGGCA